AUGGGUAGACCAAAGGCAUCUGAAGCUGACCCACUUCGAAAAGCCAAGCGCGGUCGACCAAGUAAACACAAGCGUGAAGAGCACGUUAUUGUUCAUACCGGCUUCGAUGGACAUGCCAAUGCACCCUGGCGUAAAACAGUGUCCAUCUUCAAACAACCAGUAACUCUUGUACACACAUCCGGACGUGACACGAAGAAAGGAACUGAACAGCAGCUGAAACGGGGACUCACAGGUUCACGUUCUCAAGAGAAACCCGUACCGGUAAUGUGGGCGAAAGCACUUGAGAAUGUUCAAGCCUUGAUUCCCACUGCUGUUGCGGACAAGGUGGAUGUUAACAAAACGGAGUAUCUCACUGAGAGUCUUCAUCUUGCCGGCCGUCUCGAAAGAGCAAGUAGCAUUCUGAGUGAGCAAGCAGCGGCGGCUACUCUUUUCACCAGCAUCCACAAUCCAAAUCAGUCUGGGGCUUUUGGCCAAACAGCAGAUAAGGAGAAAUUAGAAAGUAAUUUGAUGCUCAACGUCAAUCCGGAUCAACCUAUACUCCGACCAAUCACGGUGCAACCAGAAGACAUCACAGCUCAGGAAAGACGUGUCCUUGAUGCGCGGAAGCGACUCCAGGAAGUGAUAAAACAUUUUGGAUGA